UAAAUCCCUAAAGUCGGUCAACGCAGACAACACAAUCCACCAAACUAAAUAAAUAAUCAAUGGGUGGUCAAAACUAGUUGGAAAGACUUCAUUGUUGAAACCAGUGCAGCGGCACAGGAUAUCAGGAAGUCGUUUGUGCGUGAAACAACUCUUCCGCCGAACCCGUCCUUCCCCUUUGCCUACCCUAAGCGCAGACCUGUUCCCUGCUCAGUUUUGGGAGAUAAGCACAGCUGCCUAAUAUUCGGUAGGGGAGCGUGGAGAGAACGCACACCGAACCGUAGUGACUCAAUAUCGCGUACACGGAAUAUAUUACCCGCGUUAGAGUUUAGGCUUUCGGUGGCGUGGCUUGACGGCGAAUGCACCGCAUUUUAUCGAACAUGUUCGGUUGUGUGUGAGGUGUAUUAUUUUUUCUAACUGUUCGGAGUGAUUCAGUUGAUAUCGGCCAUGACGAGCAUCAACUUAAGGAACGGAGGGUCCGCGUUGACGGUGGAGAACGGGGAAGCGGACAAAAUCGAAUUGGAUCCCCUGCAAACCGAUCCCGACAAAAGGACGAGAUUCCAAGUGAACAGGGUGCACAGCAUGAGUCAGAAUGACGUCGAUAGGGACGCUUUGACAAUCGACUUGAGGUCGAAUGACGAGAACACCGACGAUGACGAUCUGCAUUCUGUCAAUGACAGGACCAGGCUCAAUUCCGAAUAUGGCAAAAGUUUUAGACACCUUACAAGAGAAGCUUUGCCCAGGUUGGACAAUUACAGGAACAUCCUGUCCAUUCAGGCUGUAAAUCGACCUACUCUAGACGAAUUACACAACGCCACGCUUCCAGCUAAGAGUCAGCCUCCAGCUACAUCUUUAAACGGGAAAGCAUUGACGGAAGGACAAGUAAAAUUUGGAUGGAUCCAAGGUGUUUUAGUAAGAUGUCUUUUGAACAUCUGGGGUGUCAUGCUCUUCCUGCGUUUGACGUGGGUCGUAGCACAAGCUGGAGUAGGCCAGUCAAUCCUUAUAAUUGUGACAGCCACAAUCGUGACAUGUAUAACAUCCCUCUCGAUGUCCGCCAUAAGUACAAACGGUGUUAUAAAGGGCGGGGGAACGUACUAUAUGAUUUCAAGAAGUUUAGGUCCAGAAUUCGGCGGGUCAAUCGGCCUGAUAUUUUCUCUUGCCAACGCGGUCGCAUGCGCCAUGUACGUGGUGGGUUUCUGUGAAUCACUCACGGAUCUCUUGAAGACCUUCGAUCUGAAAAUCAUCGAUGCUGGCGUGCACGACAUAAGGAUUAUCGGGUGCAUCACCCUUGUCCUCUUAACUGUCAUCGUGGUGGUGGGCAUGGAGUGGGAAGCCAAAACACAAAUAGGGUUGCUUGUAAUUUUACUUAUUGCCAUAUUUGACUAUAUAAUAGGAAGCUUGAUUGGACCAAGAACUGAACUGGCUAAAGCUAGAGGAUUUGUAGGGUAUAAUUCAACAAUAUUUAAAAACAAUUUUUACGCCGACUACAGAAAAUCUGAAGGCGUCAAUCACGAUUUCUUCAGCGUGUUCUCUGUAUUCUUUCCUGCUGCCACUGGCAUGCUGGCUGGCGCCAAUAUAUCCGGUGAUUUAAAGGACCCUCAAGUCGCCAUACCUAAAGGAACCUUAUUAUCAAUUCUGAUAACGACAAUAUCGUACAUCAUUAUGGUCAUAAUUGCUGGAUUUUGCGUUGUUAGAGACGCCUCAGGAAACAUAGAGGAUUAUAUUAACGGUUCAAUCCCAGAAUGUCCUCCAGGAACUUGCGCAUACGGACUCCACAACAGUUUCCAAGUGGUCGAAUUAGUAGCUUGGGUGGGACCAUUAAUUUACGCCGGAUGUUUUGCUGCGACUUUGUCGUCUGCUCUGGCAUCCCUAGUGUCAGCCCCUAAAGUUUUCCAAGCUCUUUGCAAAGAUAAACUGUACCCUAAAAUCCACUGGUUCGCCAAAGGCUAUGGACAAAACAAUGAGCCCAUACGGGGGUACAUUUUGACAUUUGUUAUUGCUACGGCGUUUAUUUUAGUGGGUGAGCUAAAUUUAAUAGCACCACUCAUCUCAAACUUCUUCUUGGCCGCCUACACUCUGAUAAACUUCUCCACGUUCCACGCCUCCUUAGCUAAGCCUGUUGGUUGGAGACCAACCUUCAAAUACUACAACAUGUGGCUGAGUUUGCUGGGUUCCAUCAUGUGUUUAAUGGUCAUGUUUUUAAUAUCUUGGUGGACUGCUCUUUUGACAUUCGCAGCCGUCCUUGCUCUGUACCUUAUCGUUUCGUAUAGAAAACCAAAUGUUAAUUGGGGUUCAACAACACAAGCUCAGAUCUACAAAAACGCCCUACAAGCCGUACAUCAGCUGAAUAACGUAGAGGAACAUGUCAAGAACUACAGACCGCAGAUUUUGGUGCUGUCGGGUAUGCCGAGUGCACGACCUGCCCUUAUUGAUUUCGCCAAUUUGUUGACCAAAAAUUUAUCUAUGCUGGUUUGCGGACACAUCAACACCGUGAACGUGAAUCAAAGGAUCAGAAACGUCUUAAACUAUAAGGCUCAGGGCUGGUUCAAAGCUCACAGGAUAAAGGCGUUUUACACGCAAGUUGACGGUGUCAGUUUCCAAGAGGGCUGCACUGCUCUUUUGAAGGCCUGCGGCGUCGGUAAACUUAAACCUAACAUCCUUCUCAUGGGUUAUAAAUCGGAUUGGCAAAAAUGCUCGUACGAAGACUUGCUUGAUUAUUUUGAAGUUUUACACAAUGCCUUUGAUUUACACUUGGGCGUGGGUAUUCUAAGGCUACAGCAAGGAUUUGAAACAACAAUUAAUGUUAUGGAAGAAAGUAAAAGCACAGAAUUCCUACCGAGGAAUAAGUCUUACAGUCAAAUGUCUGAAGCCAGUGACUACAGCGACCAAGGAAGUACGCCGGGAACUCCUUUGACUAAAACUAAGGAGGUGAUCAGCACCCAGCCUAACGCCGAAGAUGAGGUGAAAAAAGCCAAGUCCGUCACCGAAUCCGAAACAAUCUUUGAAGAACAAAGUGAACCGUUGAAAGACAAGAUCACAAACUUUUUCCAGAGGAAACACAAACGAGGAGGAACCAUCGACGUGUGGUGGUUGUACGACGAUGGAGGUUUGACUUUGUUACUUCCAUACAUUAUGAGCACUAGAAGAAACUGGACCAAUUGCAAGUUGCGCAUUUUCGCAUUGUCCAACAAAAGAGCCGAACUAGAAUUGGAGCACCGAAACAUGGCCAGCCUUUUAGCCAAGUUCCGGAUAGACUACUCUGACUUGCAGGUCGUUUCCGACAUCACCAACAAGGCUCAAGAAAGUACUCAACAAUAUUUCGACAACCUGAUUUCGACGUUCAGAGAACGAAGGGACGACUCAGAUUCAAAUACAGAAUACAUUUCGGAUUCCGAGUUACUGUCGAUGAAGGACAAGUCCAACCGUCACAUGCGAUUGAGGGAAUUGUUGCUGCAACAUUCCAGCGAGGCCAAUUUGGUUGUUAUGACCCUUCCAAUGCCCAGAAAAAAUAUAGUGUCGGCGCCGUUGUAUCUAGCUUGGUUGGAAUUACUAACCAAGGAUAUGCCUCCUAUUUUGUUGGUGCGGGGAAACCAAACAUCGGUUUUAACAUUUUAUUCUUAAGUUGUUACUUAAUUUCUCUGCACUUUUGUUUAAUUUAUUGGUAUGGUUUUGUUUGGUCAAUAAGUCACAAAUAAUCCACAGUUUGUUCUCUAUAAAUUUAAAAAAAUUUUUUGAGCAGGCAAAAGUAUAUUUGUGUAAAUGAUGAAUUUAAUUGACGUCAACACACUGUCUAUGUUUUAAUAUCAAGUAAAUAGUGUAUAUUUGAAACCAUUUAAAUGUAAUUCUACCUCAAUAUAAAUACCUUUUGUGGAGGCACUGUCAAUUAUAAAUAUAAAACUUCCAUUGUCAAGGUUCAACCAAAUUAAAUAUACACAAACGUAAUACCGCACUUAAAUUUAAUUUUAUUAGAAUACAACCUCCAAGGUUGAGUAUUGUUUUUUAGUAUUGAAUUGAUUGUGUAAUUCAAUCUAUAAUAUAUGUAUUGUAGUCUAAAAAAUGUGACAUACACAUAAUUGUACAUAUUAUUAUUCAUAUAAUAGUAAGAAUGAAUUUGUAAUAUAUAUUUUUUUAUUGGGUACUUUUUAUUAAUCAUUUUGUACACAAAACUGUAUUUUUGCAGUAUGGUAAUAUAUGUAAAGCAACAAAUAAAUCAUGAAAUAAA